AUGACGCAUCCAACCCGCCCGAUCUGCAAAAUGCUGUGGCACGACUACUCGCGGGUAAGCAAGAUUGCUGCAGAGGACCAGAUCUUCAGCAGUGAGGACAUCAACAAGACGGUGGAGCAGAUCGAGCUCCUGGAUUACCACGAGGAGCGGAGCUUCCGGGGCAUCAAGUUCGCUUGCUACCGCGCUGGCCAUGUGCUGGGCGCGGCGAUGUUUAUGAUCAACAUCGGAGGCAUCCGGGUGCUCUACACCGGGGACUACAGCCGUGAGGAGGAUCGACAUUUGCCGCAGGCUGAGAUCCCGAACGUGCGGAUCCAUGUGCUGAUUGUAGAGUCCACAUACGGUGUUAUGAACCACGAGCCCAGAGAACAGCGAGAGAUGCGCUUUACCAACUCGGUGCACCAGAUCGUGCGACAGGGUGGCAAGUGCUUGCUGCCGGUUUUUGCGCUGGGACGGGCGCAGGAAAUCCUCCUCAUCUUGGAGGACUACUGGGAGAGAAACUCGGACUUGCACGAGAUUCCGAUCUUCUACAACUCGCCCAUGGCCACAAAGUGCCUGCGGAUCUUCGAGACCUACACAAAUAUGUGCAGCGCCUCGGUGCAGGAGCAGGCCAACCGGUGCAACAAUCCCUGGGUAUUGAAGUAUAUCCAGAACAUGCCGGACAGGCACAGCUUUGCCCAGCUGGAGUCCGAGAUCGGCGCUUGCGUGGUGCUGGCUGCUCCCGGCAUGCUCCAAAGCGGAGCCUCCAGGGAGCUCUUUGAGUCUUGGGCGCCGGAGAAGAAGAACGGUGUGAUUGUCACCGGUUACUCUGUCCCGGGCACCCUGGCGAAUGAGCUCAAGAGCGACCCGGAGACGGUGACUUUGAACGAUGGGCGGAAGGUCAACGUGCGUGCCACUGUGAAGUUCAUGUCCUUCUCUGCUCACUCGGACUACAACCAGACCUCUGAGUUCAUUCGCAGGCUCAAGGCCAAUGUGGUGGCCAGCAGCCUCAGUGGGGCCAGCGCCGACAGCUUUCACAGGACCCAUUGA